UGUAAAAUCCCACAAUCGAAAGUUGGUGUUAUUGAUGGACCUGUAAUGUGGAGUGAGUCCGUCUGAGAUCGACUGACUGGAGAAAUAUCUGAUUAUGUUUAACAUCGCCUGUGGGAAUAUAUGGGUAUAUGCCAGUAUAUAAUCGGAUUUCGGAUUAUUUUGUGCGGCUGCGUGCAAAAUGCGCAAUUUCCAGGUGGAUUGUUGUGUUUAGGGAAUUCGGCUUUCACUUCAUCAUGAAGACAGCCGGCGUGUAUUGAGUUUUUCUACUGGAUUCAUAUAAAAUAUUGAUAUCAUCUUUUACCUUUUGGCAUAAACUUGGUGUGGGAUUAAAACAAACCCGAGAGAAGUAAUGAGAAGUAGGAAGAGAAGGUAGCGGAGCCAUGGAGAGGCGACCAGGGCCCGUAACAAGUGUGGAGAAGCCACCUUUAGCCCCUAAACCAAAGUAUAUACCACUACAAAACUCAAAUCCCCAAGCAACUAACCUGGACUGCUCCCAGCCAACAAAAAACAAUGUGAAAUCUCCAAAUGUGUCACAGCUGUGUCUUUCUAAAUCCCCUACAGCAGAAUGGAAACCUGUUUCUGUUUUCACUAGUGAAUAUCAAUCACAUUUUCAACAACUGGAAAGAGGUCAAGGAUUACUGCCUUCCCAAAAUAAAUACAAACCUGUGAUUUAUUCAGGCCAAUCACAAGCCACCACACCUCACAAUGUACGUGAGUUUUCAGGCGAGCAACUGGAGACACCUCGAGUAACCCAUGGCCAGGGCCACAAAACUGUGAAAGACAAUCUUACAAAUGGUUCAGUAAGUUCUAAAAAAAAGGCAACCAGCAAACCUCAUGCUGCUAAUGUUUUUUCACAAACUGGAUUGCAACCUAAAUCUGACGAGUCUGAGCCGAUCCUAUUUAACAACACGCAGCGUAGACACUCCAUUGAUGAUUCCUCUGUUCCACUUCAUGCUCAAAAGACCUCACCAAUCCCUGUGCAGAAUAACUCAAAACCCUCACAAGAGUCAGGAGGAUAUGUGAAGCCCAAAUAUAAAGCUUUAACAGUGAAAGAGCAUACACUAGCUCAAGUUUACAGCGAAGGACUAACUCCAAAAAAACAGAAGAAAUCUAAAAGUAGACAGGAAUCACAAAAUGAACUGGCUGCGUUUUAUCCACGCUGGAAAGCCCUUUCCCCAGAACAACAAACAUGCCUGGAUGUACCCACCACCGCCACCACUCCGGAAAGCACACCAGGGAAGAAAUCUGGUACUUCUUUGAAGCCUAAAGUGAAGUCUUUGAACCAAGCAGACCUGAAUCAUUCAGAUGGCCAGAGGAAGUCAUCCUUCAAGAAAUUAAAGGACUUUGAAUUCUCAGUGAAAAAGUUGCCCAAGCUAUUCUACAAGGGAGGACAAGGUCCAGAGAUUACCAGCAGCAAAGAUGAGCAGUCAGUGGACAAAGGUUGGCAGAUCACCAGGAACCAAAACAAAAGCCAGAUUCAAAUACCACAAUACAGAACACAUCAUGUCAAAAUUCAGCAUGAUGAAGGUGCUGUUGAGCUUAGUGUGGAUGGAGAUGAUGUAGAAAAUGGGCAUCUACCUGAAGAUUUACAAGAAAAUAGAAAUUUUUAUAGCCCAGGGAUACGGAUACAACAAAACCCCAGGAUAAGGCAAGAUUAUAAUAUGAGCCAUGCAUAUGAUAAGACCUACUCAGAUGAUGCACACUCGGCGAAAGUGUUUGAAAGCAGCUCAGAAGAGGAGGAUGAAGAAGAACUGGCAACCAGUUCAAACAAAUGGCAGAAUCAGGAUUCCAAAAAGAGUAAGUUGUCUCACAUUGCCAAAGAGAUCGUCAGUUCAGAGAAAGUGUUUGUGGACGUGUUGAAGCUUCUCCAUAUUAGUUUUCGGGAUGCAGUGAAGAAUGCCUCUUUGUUGGCUGGGAAAGAUGUGAUUGAUGAGAGGAACCUCAAUCAGAUCCUUUUUUCACUGCCACAGCUUUAUGAGCUCAACCAGGAUUUACUGAGGGAGCUGGAGGAUCGUGUGGCACACUGGAAUGAUCAGACAGGCAUAGCAGAUAUCUUUUUGAAGAAAGGUCCAUACUUGAAAAUGUACUCCAGCUACAUUUGCAAGUUCGACAAGAAUGUGGCUCUACUGGAGGAGCAGUGCAGGAAGAGCCUGGCUUUUGCAAAGGUUGUUCUGGAAUUCGAGAGCAGUCCGUGCUGUGCAAAUCUCGCCCUGAAACACUACAUGCUGAAGCCCGUUCAGAGACUUCCCCAGUACCAGCUCCUUCUCACAGAAUAUUUUGAGAAUCUUGAUGAAGACUCUCCAGAUUACAAAGAUGCAGAAGCCGCACUCAGUAUAGUAAAGGAAGUGGCACACCAUGCCAAUGAGACCAUGAAGCGAGGGGACAACUUCCACAAACUGAUGCAGGUCCAAUGCAGCCUGAUUGGAAACCAUGAGAUUGUAAAGCCGGGCAGGCUCUUUUUGAAAGAGGGUAUCUUGCUGAAGCUAUCUAGAAAAGUUAUGCAGCCUCGAAUGUUUUUCUUAUUCAAUGAUGCUCUGCUGUAUGCUACAACCCUCCAGCCAGGACAAUACAGGCUGAAUAAUGAGCUCUCUUUGUCUGGAAUGAGGGUCAGUAAGUCAAGUCAGGAAGGAUAUCAGAACGAGCUGAACAUUGAAAGUGUUGAGCGCUCUUUUAUUCUGUCUGCCAAUUCCCCUGCAAGUCGAGACGAGUGGCUUGAGGCAAUCUCCAAUGCCAUUGAAGAUUUCACUAAGAAAAUGACCACAUUUCACCCCUCAAGCAAAGGUUCUGAAGAGGGGGACAGAGAUAGUUUGGACAGUGCAGCUCUGCUCGGAACCAAGGCCCCUAUAUGGAUCCCUGACCUGCGAGCCACCAUGUGUAUGGUCUGCACAUGCGAGUUCACUCUGACCUGGAGGAGGCAUCACUGCAGAGCCUGUGGAAGGGUGGUAUGUCAGGCAUGUUCGGUUAAUAAGCAUCCUUUGGAGUAUUUGAAGAAUCGCCCCACACGUGUCUGUGACCAGUGCUUUGAGAUUCUGCAGCAUAACAGCUCAGGAAACCAGGCACUAGCUAGUGCUCUUUCUCCCAAAUCGUUUCACUUUAGAAGGCAAAAGAAGAUCCCAGCAGCCCUGAAAGAGGUUUCAGCAAACACAGACGGCUCAUCCAUGAGUGGUUAUAUGGACAGAAUGAAGGCCCGUAAGAGACAAUGGAAGAGACUGUGGUUCGUCGUCAAGGAUAAAGUGCUAUACACUUACGGCGCAAGUGAGGAUGUAGCGGCUUUAGAAAGCCUGCCGCUACUCGGCUUCACUCUCACGCAAGACGAUCCUGAGUCGGCUCAGCAGUUUCAGCUGCUCCACAAAAACAAGAUCUUCUACAUCUUCAAGGUUGAAGACCCCAGUACAUACAACAGGUGGAUAAAAGCUUUCCGUGAAGCCAUGGUUUUAUAGCCUGUGCGACCACUACUGUAAAUAAUAACACAGAUCCCUGUUCCUGUGGCAAAUCAUACAUCAUCACACUAUAUAUGUAUGUGUGUAUAUACGGCGUGUGUAAUAAAAAAAUUGAAUAUGUUUGGUUUAACAACACACUUUUUCACAUUGAUGUUAUAAAUCUACUGUCAAAUAUAUAUAUAAAGGAUUCCUUAUAGUUCAAAAACUCUUUAUUUUCCUUGUAUUUUUAACUCUAAGCCUAUUUGUGGUCUAUGUAUUGUCUGGGCCAUAGAAUUGGUUCUGUGUGCUAAAUAAAUGUCUAUUUUCAUAAAA